UACAACAGGACGUCCUUCAGAACAACAUGAGCAGUCGGCUAGCAAAGUUGCGAAAAAUCUUGCUUAUUUGCACUUGUUGGUAGAAAUUAUUAACUGAUACGAGAUGCUGAAUAGAUAUUUGCUGUAAAGUGGAAAAGGUUAUGUCGCAAAGUGUAUUACAAAGUGUGAAAUCUGGCAGUCAAGUCGACCGGAGAUCCAAACUAUUCAAUUUACAACAUAGUACUGGCCGCCCAUUCAGAAGUCAGAGACAUAUUGCCCCAUCUAUUCCAAGCAAAUACCAAACCAUUGUCAACAGUAAUUCAGAGAGUAAAGGUUUUGGAUCAAAAGCACGAAGAUUUAAUGAUGAUCAAAACCUGCCAGAGGGACCAGCCCCUUCUCAUUAUCGUCCAGUAUCUGAAGCAACUAAGGAAUCAACCUCCUUUUCUAAAAAAGGGACAGGAUCUUUUGCAUCUAAGUCAAAGAGAUUCCAGCGAUCCAAAAAUAAUUUGAUAGCAGUGGCACCAGGUCAAUACAAUCCAGUUUAUCAGGCAAGCAGUGAUUUCAACAAAGCAUCUUGCACAAGUAAUUUUCACUUGCCGAUUGCUGUAAAUAAAGAUGAUCAGCAGCACAAAUUUUCAACACCAGCACCAAACAAAUAUGUUAUUUCGAAUAAAGUUACUGGCCGCAUUGCACGUGAGAACAAUGUUGCUGCUUUAGCGGCUUUCAAAUCAAGGUCAAGAAGAGAUCUGCUGAAUUUCAAAGUAAUGAAAGCGAAUCCUGCACCAGGGGCUUACAAUGUCGAUGACGCAAUCACGAAGGCCAACCCCCGCCAUGCAACUGCGCCUUUUAAAUCGACUACGGAAAGAGGGAUGUUGCAGAACAUCAACUCUUAUCCCGGUCCUGGCUCAUACCGCCCUUUCGAGCCUCAGGCAAUACCGGAUCGAAAACGCCUACCGAGACAGCAUUACCUGUGCAUCUCAGCACCCGCUAUGCCACUACCCCCUUCACCACCGCUACCUGGACCUGGCCAUUACAAUCUUGUCAACUACGAAGGUGAACCGCGCAGAUAUGUCACAAGCUCAGUAUUCGUUUCAACCACCAACCGUCUGAUGGGCCAGGAACUACAAGACAAUGAGUCUGAACCAGGCCCAGCAACGUACAAUCCCCAAAGCAUUGGAAAACAAUCUUUUAUAUACAACGUAGAGAGCAAAUGGAUAUAGGCACUGGUAAACAGCUAAGAGAUACGAACUGACAGUUCUUGAGUGUGAAAGAUAGAUUGGUAUGUGAAAACUCGAGAAUCUUACUGUUUAUAACUACUUUUGCAGAAGUCUUUUAUGACUUGACAAGAAUUAAGAAUUUUGAAUAGAUUUAUUCAAAAUUCCCUUCCAUUAUUUUUUAUGUGAAUAUAGUAACUAUAUAAAUUAGUAUGUUAGCUUUGUAAAUAUUGUAAGAAUUAUUUACAUAAUUGUUAAAAUGUGUCGAUUUUGCAAGAAAUAGACGUUCAGCAAAGGGAACUUUUUCUACGAAUAGCAAUGGCCUAAUCUGGGAGAGCUUUAAAUGAAUCACGGCCUUAGACCCGUUACCAUGCGUGCUAUUUUGGCCCGGAUGGCUAGGAGCAUAUCUGAAGAGUGGUUUUGGAGUGUGUGAGCCCCUGGUUCCUAAUUAGCUGAGUGGUAAAAUCUUCAGCUUUUUUUAAUCUAUUGGUAGUAGAUAAAAUAAGAACAUAAUUUUCCCCUGCGUAACAUCACAUUGCAUACCGGCUUUGGUGAUGUGUAAGAAAUAGUUGCAAGGCAAAAAUUUUCAUCAACAGUUUGACAUUUUAUUCAAUAAAAGCAUGACUUUCCUACAAAAAACUUUGCUCUUUACAGUCCAACAGUCCAACUUCAUUUUGCCCUACCAAAAUAAUGUUUAUAUACCCAAGGCCAAUGCACACUUGCAUGCUUGUUGCUUUGGCUUAAAUGUUAUCUUACUCAAGCCCUUUCUCGAUUUCGACAAAAUUUGCACUUUGCGUAGCUUGAAACGUUUUACGAGUUAUUUAAUGCCAGCAUUUGGCUGAAGCAGCCUCGCAGAUGACGAAUAAAAUGGAUAGAGGAAUAAAUCCUUUCAUUUCAUUUCAUUUUCAGUUAUUUAAGCAUGGUAGCCCAUUCAGCCAUGCAGGCCUACACGGGGCCAUACAUCUAACAUAAGAAAAACUUGAAUAAAGUAAAAUAACAUACAUAUUUACAAUGGAUCUUAAAAUAUUACAAUACAAUGCACAAUCUGCUCGGGCUCUAAGUUAUCCCUCCCAACCCAAUUUUUGAUACUCUUAACAAUAAUUUCUUUUCUAUUUACCCUUUUGACUCAUAAUCAAAGGUGUACCGGUGGAUGUCUCUGUCCAGACAUUUAUGAAGAUAUUUUCUGCUCCUUGCCCCCUUUUAUCCCUGGGAAGACCCGAACUGUCCGGUCUGUGCUUCAGUUUCUGGUUUUAUGCUCAAGUCUCUCUGCCCUGUAAGUAAUUGCUCUUGCUUUGCUUGUAGAAAGCCAUAUUCAGACAUAUCGGAUUUUGUUCAUUUAAUCGGAUUCUCCGUUGUGGUGUUUUGGCGGUAUUUUGACUGAGUAGCUGUUCCUAAACACGUUAAAAUAAGCUCAAUGACAUUUCCUUUUGAAGCCACUUUCUCAUGAUCCUAACUUCUUUCGAACAUCAAAAGCUACAAAAUCUCUUAUCCCUGCAAAUCCGGGUUAAGUACACCACUGUAGGUCUUUCCUUCUUUCCUAGGCCAUUUACUAUCACAGCUUGUCUUGAAUGAUAACAUUCUAUAUAGUCAGGCAACAGCGUACGACGCAGAAUCAUUUCAUUGAUUGUUUUCUCCACGCAAAUAAGUUGCAAUAGUCCAUAGUAGUAAAAGUUUGUUUGUACGAUGCAAGUUACUCCAUAAUUGCAUCGUGUGAACAAGAAUAUUUUUUCUUAUCGAUCUCAAUUAAAGCUAAAAAUUGAGGUGGACCUGGGAUUGGGGAUAACACUUGUUUGCUUUCACAAACGCACCUACAACUGCUCAGUGUAUUUAUUUAGAUUUUAUUAGCGUUUAACUCUCGGGUGCUCUUUUAUGAGAAGGCAUUCUUUGCAACAAUUGCCAACCCAAAACCAGGCACCGCACAGCCAUCGGGCUAGCAUGAGCCCCCCAACUUUUUUUGCAAUAAUAGGUUAGAAGUUUGUUAGAAAAUUUACUCUAAUGCAAACUUUGAAAGUUUACGCUAACGGAUCCUAAGUAGUAGCAUCUCUUCUUGACUGGGAACCCUUUUCUGUUCACUUUUAGGUGUCUUAUCUUGUUAAAUAUAUUUCUUUAGUAAUUGAUAUCCUCUCUGAAUCGGAUUGCUUAUAAAAGGUAGGGGGAAAGAAGUAUUUACUGAAAGGGACGUUUCCCGGUGCUCUAAAGAGCGUGGUCUAAAAAAAUUCGGUCACGCCCAUUUCAGCCCAUCAACUUUUAGACUGGUGAACGGUGCCUGCCCAAAGUUCUAGCUGGAAGAACAUAAGGCCGGUUACCCCCAAAAUGCUGGGGACGCUAAAUAAAGAAAAAUGAUUUCACAGACUGCAGUGCCCGGAGACGGCGAGGGAGACGGUGUCACGAAGUAGAUCAUCUCUCCUGCUUUGGUGUAAAAAUGCGACCUUCUACCAUUUUCUUCCUUUUUAAAGUCUUAUACUCAUAAUCAAUUGCCCCUACUAAUAGAAUCAGUAAGUUGUUAAGCCACGAUUUGAGGCAGUUCAUUUAUUUUAAGUACACAUAUGAAUUGUAAAGUUCUCGUAACUGUUUGCUUUCCCUCGCCCGUCGUAGAAGUUUCAAUCCAACAGGAAUUUUGAUUAUUUCCAUUUAUUACAGAUGAAUCAUUCGGAACCAGAUGAAUCAUGCUUUUUCGGCUCUAGCAUCGGUAUCAGGGAUCCACGCCAAGAAUUUGAAAAUGGAGGGGGGGGGCAAGGCUAGCAAAAGUGGGGGGCCAAGGCUUCUUUACCUUUUUACUGCAACUUUAAAACAACCUGAGUUCUUCAGCAUUGAACUAGCUUCCCAAUCCCUCUACCGGUAGACAUUUCUGUUGUAUUCCAUCGAUGAAUUGUUUUUGGAUUCAAUAUUCUUUCAGUAAGAACCAUUAUUCAUAAGUUUGUGACCAACAUACUUGCGGUCGAUUUUUAUUUAAAAACUCGAAGCAUUUCCUAUAAUAUUUCUAAACUUAGCAAAUUCUUUCUAGAUUAAUCUAUUCAUAAUGUGGCUUGCUGUCAAUUUGGUUUAGGUUUGCCUGUACUCUGUUUUAAUGCCAUUUUGUGUAGCCAAAUGCAUCUGCGACGGUCAUUUCACAAGGGAAGUGUCACCAUUCACAUCCUUAAGGUUUAUGUUCUGCCUUCUGGUGUAUCUGUAGCAGCCCUCGUAUGAACUGAUAGAGGAGGUAUAUGGAUGUCCUGCUCUCUCGGCAAUCCCCCCCCCCCCCCCAUGGUUAGUUUCUCGAUAGCCACUGGAUACAGAAUUCAAUUUCUAAGCAAUUAUUCAAGAUUUGAAUGUAGCCAGAAUUGAAUGUCUAGAUUUUUGUUAUGUGAAGGAAAUUCUUAAAUCAUCAAAUCACUUCACGAAGUAUUCUUUGCCAAAUUGUUAUCCCUCCUCGAUCACUUUUGUUGGGCUAAAGCGAAAUUCAAAAUCGAUUUUGCUGCUACUAGGGAAAGCAGGGGGGUUAAAUAGGCGUAGGAGACGCCCACAUCUCGUUGCACCGCCAUUAGACACCGUCGUUUUCUUCCUAGUGUAUCCAUAGCGUAUUGCGUUUGUUUAAACUUAACAGUUCGUACACAUGCUCUUAUUUUCGCCUAUAAGUACCAGGUUUUUU